UACGAUGUGGUGCUCGAAAUGGACGAAAUUAACGACGAUUUUAAUGACACGGAUUUGGUUCUUGUGAUCGGCGCCAACGAUACGGUCAACUCAGCCGCUGAAGACGACCCGAACUCUAUAAUCGCCGGAAUGCCUGUCCUUAAAGUGUGGAAAUCUAAACAAGUGAUUGUGAUGAAGAGAAGUCUGGGCGUCGGUUACGCCGCUGUGGAUAACCCGAUAUUUUUCAAUCCAAACACAUCUAUGCUUUUAGGCGACGCCAAGAAGACAUGCGAUGCUCUGCUUAACAAAAUCAAGCAAACCUAUGGUUACGUUACUUAA